GGUUGAGCAGAGAGUUGCAGAAGCUGCGAGCAAGAACCGGGAAAUUAGGGUUUCGUGAAGCUCUGAGGUUUAGCGAAGACGAAACGAUGAUCUACGACGUCAACUCUCCCCUCUUCCGAUCCUUCCUCAGCCAGAAGGGCGGCUCUUCCGACAAGAGGAAGAUGGAAGAACAGAAGCCCAAGGAGCAGAAGCCCAAGGCCAGCGAGAACAAGCCCGUUAUGAACGAGUGACAUGUAGAGGGGAAAUGAAUCGGGUAAGAGCAGGAGUUUGCAUAGUAGUGCUAGCUGAACUAUAUGAAGAGAAAGCAUUGUGCUCUCACUCUGUAAUGGUAUUGAUGUGAAUCUCACAAUUUUUCUAGUACUGAGUGUGAACUUUUUCAUACCAUACUCGUAUUCUGUGUUA